CAGCUUAGAUUAAAUGUCAAAAUUUUGCUGUCUGGUUUAGAGCAAAAGAAAAACAUUUCGAUUUUUGACAAAAAAUUUUCCCAAUAUAUUAACUAAAUAUUCAAUAUGAAUAUACCUACUGGCAUUGUUUCACAUACCAGACAGGUGCAAAGCUUAUACAAGAGAGCUUUGCGUAAUUUGGAAGCCUGGUAUGAUCGCAGAGAAAUUUACCGCUAUAGAGCUUGUCAGCUGCGUCAGCGUUUCGAGGAGAAUCGCAAGGUAACCGAUAUGGCUAAGGCUGCUCAAUUGUUGGCAGUGGGUGAGCAAGAGUUGUUCAAUACCCAACAUUAUCAGCCCAUUAAACAGGCUAACAGUCCUGGCGGCUGUGCUUUUGAACGUGAGGUCGAAGUACCCGACUGGAUGUUGGACUAUUGGCAUCCUUUGGAAAAGGCUCAAUACCCCGAGUACUUUGCUAAACGUGAACAACGUAAGAAGGAAUUUGUUGCCUGGUGGGAGAAGCAAUAUGGUAAACCAGAUCCCAAGGAUUUGCACCACUAAAGUGAUAUAUUUGGUUAAAACAAAAUAAACGAUAUUUUAGUUAAAAUUGCAAAAUAAAGUUAAAAAAAAAAGGUUAACUGCCAAAAAAUUAAAAA